AUGUGUAAUAAGGGACACAAAAACUGCAGAACCAUAGACAUUGUACAUCCAAAGUGGCCACUUUUUGCAAUCUGUAAUGAUAAUAGAACUACUAAGAUCUUAAGUACUAGCUCUGGAAAGCUUGUUCAAAUAAUAGGAGCUGAUUCAAAGUCUUGUGUAUAUUCAUUAUGUUGGCACAUAGAUUCUUUAACAUUAUGUAUUGGAUAUGAGAAUUAUAUUGAUAUAUGGAUGUGUAGUGAAGAAUACAAAACUCUACAAUUAAUAGAGGAAGGUUUAAGUGCCCCAACAUUUGAUAUAGAACAUGAAACCUUUAUAAAUCAAACUACUUGUACACAAAGUCAAGAAUCAGACAGUUUUGUUACUGAGGAGAAUAUUUUUAAUGAUAUUUUUGGUAUUAAUUUGAGUAAAAGAAUAAAUUACUUAUGGUAUAAGAAGUACAAUGAAAUAAUUUUUAUACAUGUUAAACGUAUAGAUCUACUUAUGAAUAAUUUUAUAGGACCAGUAGUGAAAUUACAUUGGUUCCAUAAUUCUAUGUUAAUGGCAUAUCAUUUUCAGUUAGAAGAUUCCAAGGCCUGUUUAUCAUUUUGGAAAGCAACAUUUGAUAUAUUUAACUUAGAUAUUUAUAAUGAUAUAAAAUCACGUAGAAAAUAUCAUAAGUCAUCACAAUUGGUUCCAGGAGAGCUUCCAACAAUAUUUUGCACUGUCUUUGUAGAUGUGCUACCUCAUCCAAUUUUAUCUUGUGGUAUUUGGGAUGAUUCUAAUGGCAAUUCAUUUAGGAAUAGAAUAAAUAAUAUUCCUAUAAUUUCAGUUGAUCCUUCAGAAAGGUUUAUUUCUAUUUAUCAACAUAAAUCUUCAUAUUUAUUUAUUUGGAGAUAUGAAAAUGUAGAGAUGUAUAAUAAUCCAGAUUUAUUUCCAUAUGUAUAUAAUCCUUUAAAAAGUCUUUCUAGUAAAUUACCUACAACUAUUGAUGAUAUAUCUUUAUCCUUAAUAAAUAUAAAAGAAAGUGAAAAUUUAUCAAUAUCUCAAGAUAAGGUUUUAGGAUUUGAGUUCUAUGGAGGUUUUAUUAAUCCUCCAAACUCAUUUAAAAAUCAAAAAAUUUGUUUUGAUGAUGAAUAUUUAAUUGAUGUACAUUGGAAACAUACAAAUCUUGAAUAUCCUGAAGAUAUAUAUCCUGGAAAGGCUAUCCAAGCAAUAUUAUCUACAGUAUCCUAUUAUAAUGCAAUACUAUAUAUCCGUCUGUGGAGAGAGUCAUCUUUUUAUAAAGCAUGCAAAUUUAAUCAAAUUUGUUGUGUUCGUCUAGAUUAUGAUUGUAUCAUUAAUCCAAUAGCUUAUAUUCAUUGGUUAAUGCCAAUAGAUCUUUCAGUUUCAAACGACUUACCAGAAAAACUAUUUUGUGGCGGAUAUUACAAUUUACCAUAUUUAAAUUCUAUUCGAUAUCCUUCCAGUAUUGAUGAUAUGAACUACUGUAAUAGUAUACACCCCCCGCAUGUCUAUGAAGAUGAUAGUAUAAUAUGUUGUAUUCCUUUUAUUCCACUAUUUUCUACCGGACAUUCUGAAGAUUUAUUUCUUACAGAUAUAGAUAAUUUUGGAGAAAAUUCAUGUAAUUCAACGGAUAUGUUUGCCCUUUGUUUCAAUGGCUAUAUACAUUGGUUUUAUAUAUCUAAUUUAUAUUCUGAAAAUGAUGAAAUGUAUCCAAAUGUAUAUGAAUUUUCUAAAAAGUUAGCAAGUAUGUCAAAUGGUGCAAAUUACAAUAUUCAUAAAAUUAUAGAUAUUAGGAGUCUUUGUACACCUCAAUAUAAUAAUGAUAAAGGGAAGAUUACACCAUUUUCUUUAGUUGGACAACUUUUAGAUGGUUCUAUAGUUAUUUAUACAUACAAUAAUUCAUGGAAUUUUGUAAAUUAUAUCCCGAGUGAAAAUACUAAUGUUAUGUGGAAUAAUGAUACCUCUCAAGAAUAUAUGCAAAAUAAAGAUUUAGUUACUGGAAGAUCUUUGGUUGAAUUACCUUUUUCUACGAAUUCUCUCUUAAUUACUGAUAAUAGUUCUCUAUAUCUUUUAUCAUCUGAAUUUGAAGUAUUAGCGAAAUUUCAAUAUAUGAAAGUUACAGAGCAGAAAAUGGAUAUUAGUCUUAAUAGUAACAGAGAUCCUGCAUAUUAUAAAAAAGAUACAUCCUGUAUAUUAUAUAAAAAUAUGAAUAUGAAGUGGAGAGAGUUACAAGUUAUAGAUUUUCUUUUAAAUAUUCCGAAACCUUUUUCUAAACCAUAUUAUUCACUUUUCUUGGCCUUGUUCAAUCAAUCUCAGUAUAUUUGUCUAAUAGCUUUGGAUUAUACUAUGCUUGUUGGCUAUCCAUUCAUUGAGAUGAAAAAUUUAGUUGUUAAACCAUUAUGUAAUGAGGAACUUGAUAAAUACUUAAAUGAUAGUGAAUAUAUUCUUCAUGUAGAUAUAAUCAAAGUACUAUUUAAUUUUCAUGAUUUUAAAGAGGUAUCUCACAAUUACCGGAUAUUAAUGCUGGAUAUAUUUAAUGAUCUUGAUUAUAUUUCAGAUAAUAUGGGGUUUAUUUUUGUUUGUGUUGUUGAGGAGUUUUCACAAUGUAACUCUAAACAUAUAAUCUUUUUUAAAUUGGUAGUUACAAACAUGUAUGAAAUUCAUGUAUUACCUCCAUUUAUACCAUGCAUAGAACAGCUUGAUGGUAUCUUUCAACUAUUCCAUUCAUGUAAAUCAACUGACUCAGACAACAUCCUCUUUAUCACAUCUACAAAUUAUAUUGAUAAGGAAAUUAUAAAAAAGAGGCAAGAGUAUAGUGAAUUCAAUGAAGAGUUUGGAUAUGAAAGUAUAGAAGAUGAUUCUUUUAAAAGAAGUCAUCUGAAAUUACAUAUUUGUUCUAUAAAUAAUAAUAUAGAUAACAAUAAUAAAGAAGAUAUUAUAAUAAAACAAGUAAUUUAUUUGAAUAUUAGUAAGGAAUUGGGGGAUGUAAAAAUUUCUUCCAUUAAAUUAUUGGAUUAUCAUGUUAUUGUUUUAUAUGAAAAUAGUACCAUUUUAUUUUAUUCAUUAUUUUCUGUGGAUCUAAAUAAUUGGACAAAUAUAUCUUGUAACUCUGAUACUGACACUUUGCCAAAUUCUCUAUAUUAUCCAGUAUUUUCUGUUAUUAGUGCAUCUCAGAAGAUAUGUCUAGGAACUUUAGGUUUCAAUAUCUCAUCUACAAAAACUAGUAUUACAGAUAUAUCACAUUAUUUAGAUGGCACUUCACAUUCUUUAGGUAAGCAGGAUAUUGAGGUUCAAGAUUACACUAUGUCACUUUCUAUUGUUCGUGAAUGUGAUCAUUAUUGCUGUUUUAUAUCUAGAGAAAACAAUAUGACACAAAUCAAUGACUGGAUCUGUAUGAUAUGGAAUAAACAUCUAUGUAAAUGGGAUCUUAUAAAUUUAGAUAUUCUAGGGAAUAUAUCUUGGAAAUAUGUUUUUGCAAUACAGCAAUUCAAACUAGCAAGUCUAAUAUUUGAACAUGGGAAAUUAAAACCAGUCGUUUUAUCAGGAAUUCCUGAAUUUAGUAUUAAAAGCAAUUUGAAUAAAAUUACAGGAAGUUCAUUUGAAUCAACUAUAAAAAAAAGCUAUUGUUUAUAUGAUCCUACUCAGUUAGAACAGUUUGUAUUUUCUUUUAAUGCUUCGAAGCAGAUUUUUGCUAAGGAACUUAUUGAAACGAUUAAGAAGAAACUUUUUGAAAAUAAUGAAUCUGAUAAAUGUGAGGAAUUCUGUAUGAUUACACCAGAUUUAGGUAUGAUACCUUCAGAUCUGUCAAAAGUAAAUAUAGAUAAUUUGAAGAAGUCGAAGGCAGAAAUAUUUGAUAUUUUCUCAGAUGAUAAUCUAGCACACCAUUCAAACACUAAUUUUACACCAAAUCUAACAAAAGAAAUGAUUACUUCAAGAAUCAACCUUAAAAAUCAACUUUCAAUGUCAGAGUCUGAAAUUGAAAUUUUAUGUGCACUAAUAGACACUUGUGAAAACAGUGAGAAUGAUAUUUUCUUUUCAGACUUUUCAAAUCCUCUUGCUAAUAUAUCUAAAUUUGAAGAGUAUUUAUUGGAAAGAUUUAUUACUCGUAUGUCCUAUAUUGAUCAAAAGAAGAGAAUUUAUUUCUCAUAUAAUAAAGAUGAACUAAAUAGUGAGAGUUCUGAAUCCAAGGAUAAUACUAAUAAAUCUAGUGAUACUCAUAUGAGCAUAAAGUACUUUGAUACAGAUAAUAUGUUGAAUUGCCAUGGAACUUAUCAGAAGAUUAAAACUUCAAAAUUAGAUAAAACCGGAUUUAUAGACACGAAACCAAGAAAUUUGAAAUUGAGCUCUGAAGAUAUUUGUUGGAUAUCACUAUGCUAUGAUGAGAACUUAGUAAAUAGAAUAUUUCAGUAUGCUGUAAAUACAAACCAACUAGAUUGGUCUAUUUUAAAGUCUUGGGGUAUCGGAUAUUGGGUAAAUAAAUGUUCAAUAUUGAGACAGUUUAUAAGUUUAUGGAUUCAGAAACUAUAUCAUUGUUAUAUAAAUAAAAUCCGAAGAGAAUAUCAAUCAGCUAGUUGUAAUAUAAUAAACACCACUACAAUCUAUUGUGCAGAGAAAGAACCACCAAGUUCUGAAUCUUCUGUAAAUAUUAAAGAUCUCUCAGAUACUCUUAUUGUAUUUUAUACUGUUUUGGGUAAACUCAAUAUUGUAUCUACCAUAUUCAAAUUGCUUAAAAAAGUUAAUGUUGUUGAAUUUUUACAAAAUUUUACUGGAGAAGAAACCCAAAAAAAACAAGCUAUAAAGAAUGGUUACUAUCUAAUUCGUCAAAGAUCAUAUUACUGGAGUCUAACAUUUUUCAUAUUAGGAGGUGCAUAUAGAGAGAUUGUAAAUGUUUGCUUGCAAUAUUUAAGGGAUCCUCAACUAGCCUUGGUAAUUUUGAAACUUUCUAUGGAUACAACACCAGAGUUAUUGUCUAGUCCAAUUAAAGAUCUUAGAGAUGGUUUGUAUAUUUGCAAUGAAAGUGAUGGCUUUGAUAAUCUUACCUCCUUAGAAUCUUCUGAAGAUCGUAUGAAGUGUAUAUAUAAUACCCUGUUAAAUGUUUUGUUAUCUCAAUUAUGGAAUUCUGCUCUUACUCAUCAUGACCCAUGGUUAGGUAUUUUGGUUAUUCUUCAGAUAUAUAACUCCAAUCCCAGCAAUAAUAUUUCAGAUAUUUAUAUUCAGAGUAUAGUGAUCAAAUUAGGAUCUCCUAAAUACUUUUAUAGUUUAUGUAAGAAUGAAAGCCAGUUAAUAACAAUUUUUGAUAAUAAUAUAGGAUUUGAUAAUUCUCAGUUAUUAGCAUCUACUACUUCAGUAAAUAAAUCAUCUACUGAUGAUCUUACGCCUAUUUUUGAUCUUAACUAUAGUUAUAUGCAUCCAGAACAUCUAAGAUUAUUCCGUAAAUAUAUAUAUUCAAGAUAUCGUUACUAUUAUCCUUUACAAGAUCCUGAAAAACCUAGUGGAUUAUUAUUUUAUUUGAAUAAUUCUUUCCAACCACCAAAUUGUACAAACUCUAAUAUGUCGAACUUUAUAGAUAAUGAUAAAGUAUUAUCAACAGAAUAUGUUAUAGAUAUUAUUUGUCAUUAUAUUAAAAAAGACUGUAAUCCUUAUCAUUAUUUGGGUUGGUUUAAAUAUGUUGAGACAAAUAUUCAAUUGAACCCAAAAUCAAAGGAUUAUCAUAGAUACAAUGUUGUCAGACCUAUUGUAAUUAGCAAUAUUGCACAAUUUCUACAAUAUAUUGUAAGAUAUCAUUCUGGUAGAUAUGUUGACGUUCCAAUAUUCUUAUGGUUUUCCUCUUUCAUGUCUUACAAUCGCUCCUUACAGACUUUUUUUGUUGAUAGUAUUUUUAGUUUAGUUGGAUAUUAUAGUGCAAGAGACUUUCUAAUAUUCAUUAUUAAAAAUCUGGCUUCUAAGAUUGGUAUAGAAACUCCUUACAUAGAAGAAGAAUUGCUAGAAUUACUAGAUCUCAUAAUAUAUCAAAUAGAAAUUGAAAAUUGUCAAGAAUCGUUAAGAAUUAAAUUAGAAAUGUCAGUUGGGGAGUUUUAUAGUGAAUUAUUCAAUACCCUUGGCUAUUAUACAGAGUGUAAUUUAGAUCAUAUUCAAGUGAAUCUUCUUGAGAUAUUGUGGCCACUAUUAAGACUUCUUAUAAUAACUUUAUAUAUGGCAAGAUAUAAAUAUGACUCUUAUGUUUUACUCAAAAUAUGGAUAUUAUUAUUUCUACUUAAGAAUUCUGAUAGUGGGGAGAAAUAUAUUCAAACAAUUUUAAAAUUUUGUAGAUGGACAAUUAUCACUUUCUCAAUAUAUUGUGAUUAUUUUAACUACAACAACGAAAAGGAUUUAAAACAUGUUUACUUGCUAUAUAAAUGCAUGUUAAGAGAGAUACCUACAGAUAACAAGUUAGAAACGAAUUUUAUGGAAGCCUUUGAUAAAAAUAAUUGUCAGGCAUAUCACUUUAAUUUGUUGGAAAUUGCCAGUUUUGAUAUUAUUCAUCAAACUAUACUACUUAUUUGUCAAGAACAAUUUAUUGAGGACCUCAGAAAUCUUUUAAGUAAAUAUCCAGAUGUGGAAAAUAGUGAAACUAUUGGUAGUUACUUUUUUACUUUGCUAUUAGCCCUUGAAUACCAUUUUUACUAUAAAAGAAGACGUAGAUGGCUCUUGGAAUUAUAUCCUCUCUAUCCUUUGCUUUUAGCAUAUUUUGAAAGUAGAGACAAGCAUCUAAAUGAUAAGUUGGUACCAGUUCCUUUGUUAUUUAUAUCGAAUACAAGUAAAAAUCCAUUAUUUGAUAUAUUUAGAAUUUUCUGGGAUUAUUUCAGAGUAUAUAAUCGUAUACUUUUAGGAUUUUGUAGGGAUCAAGAUAUAAUAACAGUAAGCCAUAGACAAAGACCUUUAAAUAUAAUGUACAAUACAUUAUUAAGAUCAUUGAAGCUCUGGUAUCCAUUUACUAACUAUAAUGAAGAAAUAUCAAUUGAUGUUUCUGGAAAAAAUUAUUCAUUAUCUUUAUCUCGAAUAGAUACGAUUGCAAUUCAACCUUUAAGUUUAGGAAGUCCUGCAACACUACUAGGGACACAAAGUACGGAUUCAUUAAUGGGUAUGAGCAGUGAACAAAAUAUGACAUCUUUUCAUUCUUCAUACUAUCCACCACCAUUUAUGUUAAAUAUUACAAUCCAGAAUAAUUAUAUACAGAAUGAAGUUAAGGGAUAUCAUCCUGUUAAUUCACUGUUUCCAAAAGAUCCUUAUUUAAGAUGGUAUAUAAAUUGUAAAUCUUUUGUAGAUCUGUUCUAUAUGUCCCAUGUACUUAUUGAAGAUUGUAAAAAUAAUAAGAAUUCCCCUUUUCUUAUUUUUAAAUACACCAAAAGUGAUCUCAAACCACAAUUAAUGGUUAAUUCUAAACUUUAUGAUUUACAUCCUAGAACAUUUGAAGAUCUUGAAAGUGUUAGAAAUAUUAAAAAUUAUGAAAUUGACUUCCUAUUAAAUAAAAAUUCUGAAUGGUUUUCAAGUAAGACUGUGAUAUUAGAAUUUAUGCUCAAUUCUUUGCUGAAUUUUAGGCAUAAUAUAAAUCAUCCUAUAAAUGUGAUAUCUUAUAUAGAUCGCAUUUAUAUUUCAGAUAUACCAGAAGAAAUAGAACCUGGAUAUAAUAUAUUUGGGAAAUUAGGAGAUAUUGCAGUAGGAAUUCAUGAAAUAACUUCAUCCAACCUUCAAAGUCAGAGUUCACUUACAUCUUAUAUUAAUUUGUACUAUAAAAGUGAAACUAUUGAAUACAUUGAAGUAUAUAAUGAAUUAAUGCUAGAUAUAUGCAAAGUCCAACAAAAAACUGCUAAAGCUUUGAUAUGUGGGCACUUAGUGUCUAUUACUAAUCGUGAGAGUAUACCAAUUCUUCUUCCUUGUUGGAAAUAUGCUAACACUCGUAAUUCUAUUCCUAAACCUUUGUGUAAAAGUCAUUUUUCUCUUAAUAAUAAAUCUAAUGAACCUCAAAGAAAUAAUAAAAAAAGUUCAAAUGUAGGCUAUAUUCUUAAUGUGUCAUGGUGUCCAUUUGGAAAAAGAAUUAUUUUAUCUACAAGUUGUGGAUAUAUUCUUGUAUAUAAUAUUAAAAAUAAGGGUAGUAAGCCCUUAGUACCUACUAUAGAAUUUGCUGUACACAAAAAUGAUUGUUAUUGGGCUAAUAUUAUUGAUAAAAGUUGUAGAUACAUUGCUUCUAGUGGGAAUGGUCUCCCUUUAAGUGGAUCAUUAUAUAGAUCUAACACUACUACCCACUCGAUUAUAAGAUCCGAUACUUUAACCCUUGCAGAGUUUAUGGGAGAUAAUCCUUUUACUUUAAAUAGCUAUGAUACUUCUAGUAUAUUAUCUGAUGAAAAUUGUCUGUGUAUAUGGGACAUAUGGCCUAAUUCAUUUACGUACUCAAAAAGAUCUAUGGGAGAUAAUAAUCAUACAAUUUCAUAUACUCCAGAUUUAUUAUUAGCUAUAGAAAGUCCACCAAUUAUUCAAAUGAGUAUAUGGACAGAUAGACAAGUAAUGUUCUAUUUAGCGAAAACUGGAUUACUAUGGUGCAUAUCAUAUAGUAAGGGACGACAGAAUCUGACGCCUUUUUCACUAAAGUUGGCUCAAAAAAAUGUUAUUAUUAUGAAACUUAGCUUUGAGAAAAUCCCCAGUAUAGGCUAUACACUUCCAGUCUCAUUGGGAAGACUGACAACAAUAUCUAGUGAUGGAUUUUGCGUAAUUCAUAAUGUUAUUUACCCUUUACAAGAGCCUGUCUCAUCUAUAAAGUUAAUUCCCAAAAUAAAAUUUGUGUGUAACUACUCACCAUCUAACAAUCCCUUCCAUAUUAUAACGAAUAAUAACUUUACAUCUACUAGUCAAAGUAAUAAUAUAUUUAAGAAAGUAAAAUUCAUAGAUGAAAGUACAAUUAUAGUCAUUGAUAUAGAAGACAAAUGUAAAAUUAUAAAGUUGUCUCCGUUCUAUUACUAA